UUCUCCCAUCUUCAUAGCAGAGACUGAAAUCAUGGCGAGCCUCAUCGACAAGGCGAAGGAGUUCGUUGCAGACAAGAUUGCCAACAUCCCGAAGCCGGAAGCCGCGCUGACCGACGUCUCGGUCAAGAGCUUUAACCGGAGCUCCGCCACGUUCCACAGCGAGGUCACCGUCACCAACCCCUACAGCAAGGCCCUCCCCGUCUGCGAGAUCUCCUACACGCUCAAGAGCGCCGGCAGGGUGGUGGUGUCGGGCACAAUACCGGACCCAGGGUGGAUCAAGGCGGCAGGAGAGGUGACAAAGUUGGAGGUUCCAUUGAAGGUGCCAUAUGACUUCCUGAUAAGCUUGUUGAAGGACAUCGGGCUGGACUGGGACAUCGACUACGAGCUCGAGGUAGGGCUCACCAUUGAUCUCCCCAUCGUCGGCAACCUCACCCUUCCACUCUCGACCAAGGGGGAGAUGAAGCUUCCGACCCUCUCUGAUAUCUUUUAGUGAGUGGAGUCUUCUUAGUGGCUCUGCUUCAGUUCAUGGAUUAAUGAGAGGUCUUUUAAAAUCUAAGGUUUCCCCAGUUGAAAAAAUUACUUUGUUUUCUUCUCUGAAUGCUUAUAGAGCAAUGCAUGGCAUGCGGCCGGCCCCAUCCAUAUUUUAAAUUUCUGCUCUUAUUAGUUGAAUGUUUAACAUAUAAAAGCUUAUUAACAGGAGUGAGGAGUACUGUUAUGGUUAACUUGACUGUCAUAUUUGAUUCUAGAUGUUAGAACCUCCUAGGAAAAUCACUUCCCACAAACGUUAUAUAUGUAUGCAUGUUUGUAUAUUAGCAAGGGAUACGUGUUUAAACUAAUAAAAAGUUUAAGAGGUUGGAGGAUAAGAGACAUAAAACAUUCAGAUCGGAGAAAAGUAUCGAUGCUUUUAUUUCUUUUUAAAUUUUGAAAGGAAUGGAUUGAGGAUGUGCAUACGAGGUGGGUAGAUUUUUUUUUUUUUAUUUUUAAAAAAGGAGUCCAACUAGUUUGGCCUGUCUCGAAGAAAUCUUACAGAUUCGAGAGGCAAACUGAGCUUUUUUCCCUUAUAAUCAAUAGUUAUUUCCAUUCACGAGGUUUUUGUCCUUUGAAAAGAGCAAUAAUAGUAAUAAUAAUAAAUAUCAUAUAUAAUGUAAAAACUCAAUCAAAUAAAAUAUUCAAAAUAUUUUUAUUUUUUAUUAUUUUAUAUAUUUGAAAUAUUUGAAAAUAUAUAUUUAUUUGGUCGUGCAGCUUAUAUUUCUAGUUUUCAUCUUAUUUUUUCACUUAUUUUCUAGAAACUAAGGAUAUCUUGAUCUCAAAAUUUGGCAAAUAAAAUCUAGAAUAACACGUUCCUUUUUUAUUUAAUAAAAUAAUACUAAUUUUAAUGUAUCUUAAUUUUUGGUAUACUAUUAUUUAAGAUUUUAAAUUCCAACAGGACAGAGGCAUCCCAGCAAUCCUAUUUCAUCGGGACGAGGCUGGGACUCCAAAAGCUAUCUGAAAAAAAGAAGGUCAAAGAGAUAAAGAAAAAGGAAAAGUGAAUAAAAAAAAAGAGUAAAAGAAAUAAAGAAGAAAAAGAAAAGAAGGAACAAAGAAAAAAAAGAGAGGGAUAAAAAGGGAAUGAAAAGAAAUAAAGGCAGAAGAAAAAGAAAGGAUGUCUAUGAUAUGGAUCGGAGCAUCCUCAUAGGGAAACCGGAAUAUCUCCAUUUUACGAGACUUAAAACUUUAUUUUUUAUUAUUUGAUAUAUUUUCAACAAUAAUAGUACAGGGUCCUCAGCGUGGUAACCCAAAAAAAAAAA